AUGCUUUUCUGGGCAGUCCUACUAAUCCAAGAAGCCUUCGAUAUGCUCAAGGCCUAUGCUGAGCCAAAGCGUUGCCGGUCAAUCAUGGCUCAGGAAGGCGCCACGCAGACGAUGUCUACUCAGACAACUAUUUACCCCAUUUGUGAAGAUCGCCGGUCGAUCGACAAGGAAGUGACCAAACAUGCGACAGAUUCGGUGCUGAACGACACAUCCAAACAGCAGGUUGAAGCAAACAAACCCUCAAAAAUCCCGCUUUUUUCAAAGGCUACAAAGAAAGAGACAAAAGACAUAACGUUAUACAAUUUAUUUCACAAGCACUGGAUUCAGGAGCGGGUGCUAGGUGAGGGUGGAGAUGGUAUAGUGUACCUCUAUCAGUCACGGAAGCAGCAGAGCAAGUGCAUCGCUGUAAAAAUACCUCGAAACAACUCGAUCUCAGCACGUAAUGGCCUAGUGCAAGAGGUCAAGAAUCUUUGCCUACUCGAACCGCACGAUCAUAUUCUGGAUAUGUGCCACGCAACUGGAGGUUGGUGGCCUUGCGGACCUGCAAUAUUUCUCCCAGUCUGUGAACUCGGUGACCUGAUCAGCUACCGGGAGUCUUGGUGCGCGCAGCAGGCAUCGGAACGCAAGCCUAAGCACGUAUCAGAGGUCACAAUAUGGAAGCUCUUCCGAGAUAUGGCACUAGCCCUGAACUACAUCCAUCACGAGCUUGGUAGCGGUAUCCGCUAUGUCCACAACGACUUCAAGCCAGCCAACAUCUUAGUGGUCACGCCGCCGGGCCAUACUGAACACGAGACACUACCCGAAGAACCUAUCUUCAAACUUUCGGAUUUCGCCCGGCUCACAACUUGGCCAACACCAACGGGUCAGCGCGCACAAGGCUUUGAUGGCACUCCUGAGUACGCGCCACCAAAACUGGAGCAGAUCGCUCCUGUCCAGCCCUCCGCAGACAUAUGGGGUCUCGGUGCCACGCUGCAGUUCAUGGCACUUGGCAUUCACCCAAUACAGUCGCAAGAGGCUUUUGUUCUGGAAAGGAAAGCACAAGCUAAGCCAUAUCCCGACCUUGAAGACAAGCGAGAAUGGAUGUCGGAAUACUGGCGGCAACGUAUACCAACCGUUUUCAGGCCAAUUCAUGUAGCCAAGGCAGUCUUGUGCAAAGAGCACGACCUGCACGUACCGAUCGAUUAUCAGCCGUACAGUGCGCGUCUUGGCUAUUGGUAUGCACAGCUUUGGAAGCCAAUCGCAUAUCGUCCCAAGGCUUCGAAGCUGGCUUCGCUUGCGAUUCCCCACAUGGAUGAUCAGAUCGAGCGCAUCAAGAAGUUGCGUCAGACACGCAAGAAGAUAUCUGAUUAA